CUCCUACUCAGCUGGCUCCAGGGGAAAAGCAACAGUGUCCUCGCCAGUCUGAGGCCCGCCGCGGCCCACUUGGGCAAAGGGGCUGGUGUCCCCCUCCCCAACUCCCCACAAGGAGCUCUGGCGCCCUUGAACCAUGGAUAGUUUCAACAGGAACCAGGGAGGCCCUGCAUGCAAGACCCAGGCUGUAGUGCAGAAAGGGCCAUUGGAUCUGAUUGAGACGGGUCAAGGACUGAAGGUGCAGACGGACAAACCUCAUCUGGUGAGCCUGGGCAGCGGGAGGCUCAGCACAGCGAUCACUCUCCUGCCGCUGGAGGAAGGGAGGACAGUGAUUGGUUCUGCAGCCAGGGACAUCUCACUGCAGGGUCCAGGCCUGGCCCCAGAGCACUGCUACAUCGAGAAUCUGCGGGGUACUCUCACCCUGUACCCUUGUGGCAAUGCCUGCACGAUUGAUGGGCUUCCUGUUCGGCAGCCCACCCGGCUCACUCAGGGCUGCAUGUUGUGUCUGGGUCAGUCCACCUUCCUGCGCUUUAACCACCCAGCCGAAGCCAAGUGGAUGAAGAGCAUGAUUCCAGCAGGGGCCCGGGCCCCAGGGUCCACCUACAACCCCGGCUCUGCUGAAUCAGAGAGCCUGGUCAAUGGGAACCACCACACAGCACAGCCUGCAACCCGGGCACCCUCAGCCUGUGCCAGCCACAGUUCCCUGGUGAGCUCUAUUGAAAAGGAUCUGCAGGAAAUCAUGGACUCGUUGGUGCUAGAGGAGCCCGGAGCUGCAGGCAAGAAGCCUGCAACCACGUCCCCGUUGUCGCCAAUGGCUAACGGCGGGCGCUACCUGUUGUCCCCUCCAACCAGCCCCGGUGCCAUGUCUGUGGGCUCCAGCUAUGAGAACACCUCUCCAGCCUUCUCUCCACUUUCCUCGCCAGCCAGCAGUGGAAGCUGUGCCAGCCACUCACCAAGUGGGCAGGAGCCAGGACCUUCUGUGCCCCCACUGGUACCUGCCCGUUCCUCCAGCUACCAUUUAGCUCUUCAACCUCCACAGUCUCGCCCAAGUGGUUCCCGCUCCUCUGAAAGUCCCCGGCUGGGCAGAAAAGGGGGUCACGAGAGACCUCCCAGCCCUGGUCUCCGAGGUCUUCUGACUGACAGUCCUGCAGCUACAGUCUUGGCUGAGGCCCGCAGAACCACUGAGAGUCCCCGGCUUGGUGGGCAGUUGCCUGUGGUGGCUAUCAGCCUGAGUGAAUACCCAUCUUCCGGUGCCCGCAGCCAACCCACCAGUAUUCCUGGCAGCCCCAAGUUCCAGUCUCCAGUGCCUGCUCCCCGAAACAAGAUCGGCACACUCCAGGACCGACCUCCCAGUCCUUUCCGUGAGCCCCCGGGCACAGAGCGGGCACUGACAACCAGCCCCUCUCGACAGCUGGUGGGCAGAACAUUUUCAGAUGGGUCAGCAACUCGUACCCUCCAGCCACCUGAGAGUCCCCGCCUGGGCCGGCGGGGCCUGGACAGUAUGCGGGAACUGCCCCCAUUGAGUCCAUCUCUGUCUCGAAGGGCUCUGUCCCCACUGCCAGCCCGGACUGCCCCAGAUUCAAAGCUAAGCAGGGAAGUAGCAGAGAGCCCCCGGCCCCGGCGCUGGGCAGCCCACGGGACUUCGCCUGAGGACUUCUCCCUGACUCUAGGAGCACGGGGCCGCAGGACUCGGAGUCCCUCACCCACCCUCGGGGAGUCCCUGGCACCCCGCAAGGGCAGCUUCAGUGGCAGGCUGAGCCCCGCUUACAGUCUGGGCUCUCUUACUGGGGCUUCACCUCGUCAGAGUCCCCAUGCUCAGAGGAAGCUUUCCAGUGGGGACUUGCGGGUACCCAUCCCAAGGGAGAGGAAAAACAGCAUCACAGAGAUCAGCGACAAUGAGGACGACCUCCUGGAGUACCACCGUCGGCAGCGCCAAGAGCGGCUCCGGGAGCAGGAGAUGGAGAGGCUGGAACGCCAGCGUCUGGAGACCAUCCUGAACCUGUGUGCUGAGUACAGCCGAGCUGACGGGGGACCUGAGACUGGGGAGUUGCCCAGUAUUGGAGAGGCCACGGCAGCACUGGCAUUGGCAGGCAGAAGGCCCUCAAGAGGCUUGGCAGGAGCCAUAGUAGUCUCUGGAAGGAGUGGCGAGGAGUGUGGCGGUGCCUCCCAGCGCCUGUGGGAGAGCAUGGAGCGCUCUGAUGAAGAGAAUCUCAAAGAGGAGUGCAGCAGCACAGAGAGCACCCAGCAGGAGCAUGAAGACGCUCCUGGUGGCAGCGGUGCGAAGCUCCAAGGGGAGGUGCUGGCUGUGGAAGAGGAGCGGGCUCAGGUUCUGGGGCGCGUAGAGCAGCUGAAGGCCCGAGUGAAGGAGCUGGAACAGCAGCUGCAGGAGGCAGCCCGAGAGGCUGAACUGGAGAGAGCACUGCUGCAGGGGGAGAGGGAGGCGGAGCGAGCACUGCUGCAGAAGGAGCAAAGGGCCGUGGACCAGCUGCAGGAGAAGUUGGUGGCCUUGGAGACAGGCAUCCAGAAGGAGAGGGACAAGGAGAGGGCGGAGCUGGCCGCGGGACGGAGGCACCUGGAGGCCCGCCAGGCGCUCUACGCCGAGCUCCAGACGCAGCUCGAUAACUGCCCCGAGUCAGUGCGGGAACAGUUACAGGAGCAGCUGAGAAGGGAGGCAGACGCUCUAGAGACUGAGACAAAGCUCUUUGAGGACCUGGAGUUCCAGCAGCUGGAGCGGGAGAGUCGCGUGGAGGAGGAGCGGGAGCUGGCCGGCCAGGGGCUGCUGCGGAACAAGGCUGAGCUGCUUCGCAGCGUGAGCAAGAGGAAGGAGCGCCUAGCAGUACUGGACAAUCAGGCUGGGCAGAUCCGGGCCCAAGCAGUACAGGAGUCAGAACGUCUGGCCCGGGAAAAGAAUGCCGCCCUGCAGCUCCUACAGAAGGAAAAAGAGAAGCUGACUGUACUUGAGAGGAGAUACCAUUCGCUCACAGGUGGCAGGCCUUUUCCGAAGACCACCUCUACCCUCAAAGAGUAUGUGACGCUUGAGCAGCUAAGAGUGAUGUGGGGCAGCCCAGCCAUGCCCCCAAGCCCUUCGCCAGGCCUGCCUUCCUGGGCUUCUGCCUCCCAGGACUUGCUUCCCAUCACCCGUCUUCCUCCCACGCUGCCCGCUUCCUCCGCUUCCAUCACGCCUUCGUCUAAGAUGGAGAAGCUGCUGCUCCCUGCUGUAGACUUAGAGCAGUGGUACCAGGAGUUGAUGGCCGGGCUGGGGACUGGCCUUGCUGCAGCCUCCUCUCGCUCCUCUCCCCCGCCUCUGCCUGCCAAAGCUUCCCGUCAGCUGCAGGUUUAUCGCUCCAAGAUGGAUGGUGACGCGGCCAGCCCCCUGCCCAGGACCCGGAGCGGCCCUCUCCCCUCCUCCUCAGGGUCCUCAUCCUCUUCUUCACAGCUCAGCGUGGCUACCCUGGGCCGUAGUCCUUCCCCAAAGAGUGCUCUGCUCGCCCAGAACGGCACCAGUAGCCUUCCUCGCAACCUGGCAGCCACGCUGCAGGACAUCGAGACCAAGCGCCAGCUGGCCCUACAGCAAAAGGUCGAGUUACCUCCUGCCGAGCCCCUCCCACCCGAAGACCCAGCAGGACACCAGGUGAUCGAGGAGCAGCGGCGGCGCCUGGCCGAGCUGAAGCAGAAGGCGGCAGCAGAGGCUCAGUGCCAGUGGGAUGCCCUGCAUGGCGCAGCUCCCUUUCCACCAGGCCCCUCUGGCUUCCCCUCACUCAUGCACCAUUCCAUCCUGCACCACCUGCCAGCUGGCCGGGAGCGCGGAGAGGAGGGCGAACACGCAUAUGACACCCUGAGCCUGGAGAGUUCAGACAGCAUGGAGACCAGCAUCUCUACAGGGGGCGCCUCAGCCUGCUCCCCUGACAACAUGUCCAGCGCCAGUGGUCUGGACAUGGGCAAGAUCGAGGAGAUGGAGAAGAUGCUAAAGGAAGCUCAUGCAGAGAAGAGCCGGCUCAUGGAGUCCAGGGAGCGGGAGAUGGAGCUCCGGAGGCAGGCCCUGGAGGAGGAACGGCGGAGGCGGGAGCAAGUGGAGAGGAGGCUGCAGAGCGAGAGCGCCCGCAGGCAGCAGCUGGUGGAGAAAGAAGUCAAGCUCCGGGAGAAGCAGUUCUCCCAGGCACGACCUCUUACACGUUAUCUUCCCAACCGGAAGGAGGACUUUGAUUUGAAGACCCACAUAGAGUCGUCGGGCCACGGGGUAGACACCUGCCUCCAUGUGGUGCUGAGCAGCAAGGUCUGCCGUGGCUACCUCAUCAAGAUGGGUGGCAAGAUUAAAUCGUGGAAGAAGCGCUGGUUUGUCUUUGAUCGGCUGAAGCGCACCCUUUCCUAUUACGUGGACAAACACGAGACAAAGCUGAAGGGCGUCAUCUACUUCCAGGCCAUCGAGGAAGUGUACUAUGACCACCUGCGCAGCGCAGCCAAGAGUCCGAAUCCGGCCCUUACUUUCUGCGUGAAGACUCAUGACCGGCUGUACUACAUGGUGGCCCCGUCUGCAGAGGCCAUGCGCAUCUGGAUGGAUGUCAUUGUCACAGGAGCUGAGGGCUACACUCAAUUCAUGAACUAAGUGUCAUGCGCCUCCUGGGUCCCCAGGUCAGCCCCAGGACUCUGUGCCCUGCCACUCACUGCUCUGCUUGUCCCUGGAGACAGUGGCACAUUGGGCACGGGGCCCGCAAAGGGAGUACCCCAGGGCUUUUGUGCAAGAAGACAAAUUGUUUUGUGAGGAGUUUGGUGCUUGGGAAUCAGGCUCUGGUCCCUAAAGAGCCAGCAGAGAGGAAAGGAAGAGGGAGCUGCCUUGUCGCCUCCUGGGAGUCCAAAAGUUCAGGGUUCCCUCCUGGGUCCAGCAGGCUGAAGAGGCGGAGCUGAGUGGCGCUCGCAGCUCUGUCCAGGCGCGCACUCGCCCCAGCUUGUUUUCUCUUUGUAAAGGACAAAUUAUGGUACCAGAAUCUGCCAAAGAUCCCCUUCUCAUCUCAUCCCCUGUGCGGAGACUUGGGGGUUCCUGAGCAGAGCUGCGUGAAAGGCUGGGGAGCAGCUCAGGCCUGCACCUCCCAUCCCCACCCCCUCCUCCGUCUGCCGUCUCCUCCCACCUCCCACUUUUCACUACUCAGCUCAAGGACCAGAGGCCUCAAGUGUCAUUCUCGAGGUCCAGCCCCAUCAUCAUGUUACAAGCCCGUCAUCCUUGUCUCCAUGGUGACUGCUUCAUCGCCAUGGUUACACACUAAUUGCCAUGGCCACGCUGUGGCUCUGCCCACUGCUUCGGCUGUGGGCCACGUGAGGGUACGUGCCAUCAUCUCUCCAACCCAGGCCUGGGGGCACAGUCACAGGGCGGGAGGAGAUGGCAUUCCUCCCUGCUGCAGUGCAGCUCCAGCCCCCAGCCCAGCCCUCUCCUGUUACUGUGCCUUGUUUAGAGCCAGAAGGGAUGAUGUCCGGGGAUCCAAGACCAGAGGAACCGCAUCACUGAGGGGAGAGGAAGCUAAGAGGUCCGCCCUCCCGUUCUGACAGGACUAGUUCCCAAUAAGGAACAAGGGGUGGCCCCGAGUGCCUGGGAAAAAGCCUGAGUUGGGGGUGGGGCGGGCAGAAGCGGAGGCCCUGAGCUGUGGUGAUCUCCCUUCAGUUUCCUAAAGGUGUAGGAAGGAGUAGGAGUCAAGUCUCCAGCUGGCUGGCCUCAGCCUUGCGCCUUAACACUAAGCCACCUUCCCUGCCCUCCCCAGCACUCGGCCUUUGGUUGCUGGGCCUGGCUGGGUGUUUUGCAGUAUUUGUAAGCGUUUCCGCAGAACAAUAAAAGCAUUUUGACUAUGUACGUGA